CGUGCGUUCUUACGUUUUGCUGGGGUCGAGAUGCUGCGAGACGCCGGCCGCGUCCCUAGUGGUUCUCCAGGAAAUAACAGCAUCUCGUGCAGCUUAGUCAUUUCCUGAGCUCAGCUGCUGCGAGGAGGGCGUCGCCAUGAUAAAACGGGCAGCUGCUGCUGCGAUAGGAGGAGCCCUGGCCGUGGGGGCUGUGCCCGUGGUGCUGGGCGCCGUGGGCUUCACUGGGGCAGGAAUCGCAGCCUCCUCCUUAGCGGCCAAGAUGAUGUCAGCGGCCGCCAUGGCCAAUGGGGGUGGAGUUGCCGCCGGCAGCCUGGUGGCCACUCUCCAGUCCGUGGGGGCAGCUGGACUCUCCACAUCAUCCAACAUCCUCCUGGGCUCCGUCGGAUCAGCUUUUGGGGCUUUGCUUGGAGGUGCAAAAGCGGCACCUUCUUCCUCUCCUCCAGGUGGACCCAGAGCUGAAGGGGACCAGCCAGGAGAAAACGUACCCCAAGUCGAACCUCCAAAACUCCCACUGGGUUCCGAGAAGCAUGAGAAAUAAAGAUCAUCUGCAGAUGCA